UUCUGUGCUGUGCUUUUGACUAUGAGGGUCAGGGCAACAGUAAAACUGACAUCAGGAUUUCUCAACUAAACGGCAUUCGGGAAAAAAAAAGAAAAAAGAAAAAAGAAACCCGUCGGUUUCAACGUACAAACGCAGCUAUAAAACUAUUUUCAGACAGUAGUGUUUUCUUGUUCCUUAAAAAGACAGGAUGUCAAGCAAAGACCGGAUCGACAUUUUCCCUUCGAGAAUGGCUCAGACCAUUAUGAAGGCUCGGUUGAAAGGUGCUCAGACUGGCCGUAAUCUGCUGAAGAAAAAAGCUGAUGCCCUUUCCAUGCGCUUCCGGCAGAUUCUUAGAAAAAUCAUUGAGACCAAGACACUGAUGGGAGAAGUGAUGAGGGAAGCAGCCUUUUCUUUAGCUGAAGCCAAAUUCGCUGCAGGUGACUUUAGUGCCACCGUUAUCCAAAACGUGAACAAAGCCCAGGUCAAGGUCAGGGCAAAGAAGGACAACGUAGCAGGUGUGACACUGCCUGUGUUUGAGCACUACCAGGAAGGAGGGGACAGUUAUGAACUGACUGGUCUAGCCAGGGGUGGGGAACAGCUGUCCAGGCUGAAGAGGAACUAUGCCAAAGCUGUGGAACUACUUGUAGAAUUAGCUUCCCUUCAGACGUCCUUCGUCACCCUGGAUGAGGCCAUCAAGAUCACCAACCGGCGUGUGAAUGCCAUCGAGCAUGUGAUCAUCCCAAGGAUCGAGCGCACGCUCACUUACAUCAUCACGGAGCUGGAUGAGAGAGAGCGAGAGGAGUUCUACAGGCUGAAGAAGAUACAGGAGAAGAAGAAACAGCUUCGGGAGCGGACAGAGAAGGAAAUUGCCCAGCGCCUGGCUCAGCUGGGCCCCAUGGCUGAGCCGGCCAACAUGCUCACCGAGGAGGCCGAUGAAGACCUGCUGUUUGAAUGAGGAUGCCUGCUACCUGGUCCAGGGGCUCGUCCUGGGCGGUUUCCACACCCUAUUUAUUCAUGCCUCUGAGACCAUGUUCACCAUAUUUUGUGAAAGGGGGGGAAAAAAAAUCAUUGUUUUGUGUACAUGUUGGUGCUUAUUUUGUUUUGCUUGGGA